CCAAUUGACGCGAUUCCAUACCUUGUUGAGCAUCAUGGCGCCAACUAGUGACUUCAAGAUCAUUAUCGCUGGAGGAGGCAUUGCUGGCCUUACACUCGCAAUCCUGCUUGAGAAGUUCGACAUUGACUAUGUCAUCUUGGAGGCUCAUGACGAUAUAGCGCCCCCGGUGGGCGCCAGCAUCGGAACGAUGCCGAAUGGUUUGCUCAUCUUCGACCAGAUUGGCUGCUACGGCGACGUGAGAGUGGUAGCACAGACUGGUGAAAUCGGCAACCUGAACAUUCGUGCCAGCAACGGCACGUCUAUGGCCUUUACAGAUCAUGUGCUUGGCCACUUGGAAAACCGGUUAGUCGAGCUGGACUAA